AGUCAAAAUUUAACCGAAUCAAAGUGAGAAUCUAAUUAUUUGAUAAAACGAAGUGAGUUACCUGGUUUAUUCUGUUUUUAUAGAUAAAAAAAGGUGUGAUUUCUCAAUCCCCGUCAUCAAAGAUGGGUAGGAUAUGGAAGAUUUUAACCAGGAAAAAGGCAAUAGAUCCAGUGACAGCAGAGGAAACCCGACUUAAUAGAAUUUUGAAUGUAUUCGACUUGACUGCACUUGGAGUGGGAAGUACCCUUGGUGUAGGUAUUUAUGUUUUGGCAGGCCAAGUUGCUAAAGAAACAGCUGGACCGUCUGUGGUGCUGAGUUUUCUCAUUGCUGCUAUAGCCUCGGUAUUUGCGGGUUUAUGUUAUGCGGAAUUUGGAGCCAGAGCCCCCAGAGCUGGAUCUGCCUACAUCUACAGUUAUGUAUGUGUAGGUGAAUUUAUAGCCUUCGUUAUAGGAUGGAACCUGAUUCUCGAAUACGUUAUUGGGUCUGCAAGUGUUGCGCGAGGUUUGAGCCUUUACUUGGAUACGCUGAUAAAUAACACAUUGGCAAACACCUUUAAAGAAAUUGCGCCAAUCAAUGUACCGUUUUUGUCCGCAUACUUCGACUUCUUCUCCUUUGGAAUAUCAAUCUUACUGGCCAUCGGACUAGCCUUUGGACUGAAAGAGAGCAGUAUGGUCAACAAUGUGGUCACCUGUCUGAAUAUUCUUGUCGUUCUAUUUAUUAUUAUUGCUGGAUCACUCAAAGCAAAUCCUGCAAAUUGGCACUUCACACCGAACGCUACAACGAAUACAACUAUCACUGGACAGGGAGGAUUUUUUCCUUGGGGAGUUGAAGGCAUGAUAAAAGGUGCCGCAACAUGCUUCUACGGGUUCGUCGGCUUCGAUUGCAUAGCUACCUCAGGCGAGGAAGUGAAAAAUCCCAGAAAAUCCAUUCCUAUUUCUAUCAUAGUAUCCCUGCUGAUAAUUUUUCUAGCGUAUUUUGGAGUUGCUACAGUUUUAACUUUGAUGAUUCCGUAUUUUGAACAGGACUACAAUGCCCCAAUACCCAAAGCAUUCGAAAUGGUGGGAUGGGAAGUAGCCAAAUGGAUAGUGGCUAUAGGAGCGCUUUUUGGACUAUGUGCUAGUCUUUUCGGUGCAAUGUUUCCUCUACCAAGAAUUAUAUACGCAAUGGGCACAGAUGGUUUGCUUUUUAAGUUUUUAGCCAAAGUGCAUCCGAAAUUCCAAACGCCAGUAAUUGGUACUAUUUCAGCAGGAGUUUUGACAGGUUUGAUGGCUGCACUUUUUGACUUAUCUCAGCUAGUAAAAAUGAUGUCAAUCGGAACUUUACAAGCCUAUACUAUAGUAGCAGCCAGUGUAAUAGUUUUGAGAUAUUCGGAGGAAGUUAAAAAAGUUUAUGUACCAAUCAAAACGUCUUCUGAUACUGAAAGUGUCAGUAGCGAGAGUAGUGUCGAUGACAAAUGCAAUGACGAUGGAAUAAGGCACAAUUUUGAUGGACCAACCGAUGACGAACGGGAAUUGAUAAGCAAUAAUGGAAGAGGCUUUCGUACCUCAUUGAAGUAUCUUAUAAAUUGUACAAUUACAGAACCCAAUAGAAUCACUGAAAAUAUUGUGGCCAUAGAGAUAUUUGUUUAUUGCAUUUUAUGCACUGCUAUUGGUUUGUGUGCAAUUUACUUGAAAACUUAUUUAGCCAACGGGGAAACUUGGGCUAUAGUUACGACGUCAAUUGUGGUAGGCUUGACAAUAUUGGUAUUGUUAUCACUGAUGACGCAACCAAAAUCUAGGAAACAAUUGUCAUUUAAGGUACCAUGUGUGCCGCUCAUUCCAGCUCUCAGUAUUUUAGUAAAUAUAUAUUUGAUGUUAAUGUUAGACUAUAUGACUUGGAUCAGGUUUGCUGUCUGGAUGGCAGUUGGCAUCCCAAUGUAUUACUUUUGUACAUUUAUCCAAAAACCACUCAAAACUCUACAAAAUCAAAUUGCCACCUCCAAAUAUACUUCUAACCUGGCCAUGGCUAAUCCGGUUUUCGUAAUGAAUGAACCUGAAAAGAAGCAAAAAAUCAUCACAAAGAAGAAAGCACCAGCGCCUCCGCCGACCAUUUUUGAGCAACCCGAAACUUUGGAGAUGCAACAGGAAGCUGUCAUUGCUCAAUUGGACAAAAUAUUGGAAAAAGAAUCAAUCAUUGAUCAAGAUGAUGACAUUUCAAAUAAUGAAACUAUCAGGGUUAAUGAUAAUAGAAAAUUGUCAGCUGGUACUUUGUCCAAUAUGUCCGCAAUGGCGUCUUCUACUGAAAGUGUGGUGGCCGAUGUUCAUUGUGCUAAUGUUGUUAACUCUGGUUGUAAUCCCAAAGGCAUCCAUUUUCCUAUUUUGUGUAACCCUAUGACUACAAGAGCAGAUAUCCCCGAAAUUCUUAAUAAUGACAAUGAUAAUAAAUCACCAAAAGAAAUUUUAGGAUUAGACACUAAAAAUUCUGAUGAAGAAAAAAUUGAAAAUAUUAAUGAACUAAAUUCAGAAAGAGAAGAAGCUGAGCUUGAAGUGAAUAAUGAGAUUCAGCAAGCAUCCGAAGGUGAUACUCAAAAAAAUUUAGAAGAAAAUAAAAAUAAAAAUGACCAGGAGAAAUUCACAGAUAUUAAAGAGCCUAAAAAUACAGAACUCAAAGAACCUUUAACAGUUACUCUACCACCUAUUGUACCGCCCGUUAUUGAACCAACAAAAGUUUCUUCACCAGUUCCAACUGAAGAACUUUUAAAAACAGUAACUCUUAAACAGGUUGUGAGAGAAAUUAGAAAAAUUGAACCCACCUACAACCAAAACGCCUCGGAAAAUAAUUUGAGGGUCGGUUCUGGAGAGUAUAAAAAUUUUAUUAGAGAUUUGGAGGAUAGAUUAACGAGAUCUUCUUCAGUGUCGCCAACGUUUUAUGUAGCUCCAAAAAAAGAAGCGCUGCAAGCAAAAAAAGUUGUGCGCAACGAAAAUGUUGUUGAAGAGCCUAUAGAUCAAGUGGAAGCUAAAAAGCGCUUAAAAUUGUUUUAUGCUUCCAAAACAGAAAAUCCAAGGCUUUUGCUUUCUAGCAAAAGUGUGGAUGCUAAAAGUAGCAAUUUUCCAAUAGACAAUAGUUUUUCCGAUCAUAAGGAAAAAAUGGAAAGUGUGUUCAACAGUAUUAAGCUAAAACAGCUGGAAAAUCUAGAUGAUAAAAAUUCCAAACGUAAAUUAUCGAGAUCGUUAGGUGUUGGAUUUGCGAAAGAAGAUCAGCAGAGUGAUAAUCAACAAAAAAUUGCUGAUCUUUUUAAGGAUAUUAGGGCUAUGAGAAAAGAAUGAGCGAAGCCAUAAUGAAUUAAGCAAUGAAAUCUGAUUUAUCAUUAUUUGAAAUACUCUCAAACCUGUGCCAUGAUUUUCUAUAUUUUAAAAUAAGUACUCGAAAUGUACCUAUUUCUUCCCACUUUCCCUCUACCUACCUACUUUUUUUUUGCUUUACAUGUGCUUCAGCUUAUGUUAGAUUAUCGCUUUGUUUUUUGUUUCGCUUUUUGUUCUUAUUUUAUUUUAUUUUGUUCUACUUAUUCAUCAAUAUUAUUAAUUUGAGAAUUGAGAAUCUCUAUUUUUUUUCGAGUCAACUUCAAGAGAUUUUUGCAUUCCAUAAGAAUCUCAAACCUAUGAUUAUUAACUCGGGACAUCCAUCAUCAAAAUAAUUUUUGUUUCUCCUCACACUUAUCAACUACAAGAAAAUAGCCUACUAACUUUUGUAAAUACAUAUUGGCUUUAUAUUUCAGCAAAAUAUUGUUUGAUUUUUUAGGUUUUUCAGUGUAUGGAUUUUACGGACUUCCGAAUAGUUUAAGAGGAUAUGUUAGAGAUUACGAAAGGAUUGAAUGAAAACUAAAUAUAUAUAUAUUUUUUUUUUUGUAUAAAAUGAGCCUCAUAUAAUUUAUUUUGCAUAUGUCACAUACAGUCGUGACACAGCCCCCUACAUUUAACAAGCCAUGAAGUUAAAAAGGCAACACCGCAAUCUUACCGCCAAGUGGUGCUGGUGGUGUUUGUUUGUAUAAAUAUAUAUUUUUUAUUUUAUUAAUAUGAAUCACAAAAAAUACAUAAUUUAUUGUACUAAAGGGUCAAAAACAGUAAUUCAAUGAAUAAUUUAACUAUUUGUGUAAAUAAGAACAGUAAAUAAUUGAUUUAAAUGAAUAUAUUUCUAGAGUCUAAAGUGUUAUAGGCCUAUGUUUCAGUAUGUCUUUUGAAAAUCUAACUUUUUCUUUCUUCGGGAUUUUUUCGGAAGGCAAGUCCAUUCAAAUACUUGAGCUGAUUUUCGAAAAUAAGAGGUACCUACUUUUAAGAGUUGGACGUUUUAGUUUGAACUCUCGAACUACGCCUUUAUCCUUGUUUGUUUCAAAUCUAAUUAUUUCGGUUUCUUCAAAAUGUUUACAACACACCACAGAAUUUUUCGUUAUUGUAUAAUCUCGGGUAUAAUUAUCUUGGUGUAUUGCUUUCAUCCACAUUUUGUGCACUUCAGAAUUUUUUUGGAAAUAAAAAUGUUUGCAUUUCUUCAGUUUUUAAGGAACUCCUAAUAGUUCGAUUUGCACCCAGGAACACAGUAGUUUCAUGGCAUCUGGAACAAGUUUAAAUAUCUUAGGUAAUAUAUCGAGACCUAUGCUCUUGCAGACAAAUAUUAAUAUUGUUUUACCUUACCUUACCUUUAUUUUUGCUCCUGUACCCAUUUGCUAAAAAUUUGCAAUCAAAGCACAAAGGAACAGGUAUCAACUAAAUAUGGGCAAUAUAUUGGUGUGUUUCUAUCCACUUUUUCGUCAAUAAUGCCCAUAAAAAUACUAAAUUGCAACAAUACACAAUGAAAGCAAUACACAGAAACACAUAACCCAAUAACAAAAUAGCACCAUACGCGACGUUGCCGUCAUUUCCAAUUUCAUGGCUUGUUAACUAUAGGAGGCUGUGGUCGUGAGCAUUAAAAAUGGGUCACCCGAUUUUUCCUAUUGUAAAACGAGCUCAUCAACUGUACAUACGGCAAUGACGAGGAUUGUCAUCUUCUAAUAUAUAUAUAAUUCUGGUAUCACAGUGUUUGUAACAAUAUUACUCUGAAACGGCUUGACCGAUUUUUAUGAAAUUUUAUAUUUAUAUUGGGUAGGUCUGAGAAUCGGUCCUAAUCUGUUUUUUAUACCCCUAAGUGAAAAGGAUAAUCCACCUCAAAAUUUUUAUUUUUUAUUUUUAGGACAAUAUUUUUUAAUAGCGAUAUUAGCUGACCCGGGUACUGUUGUUUUCAAUAUAGUCGAGUUAAUUAUCUACUAAUAAAGCUGGAAAAAAGGUAUGCGCAGAAAAGACUGAUUUAUCCAAAAUAGCGAAAAAUGACAGGACCUGUCAGUCGGGUGUCCCACUUUCAAUGCUCACGAUCGUACAUUUAUAAAGAAAGUUACCUGAUUAGUAUUUUCACUUACCCAAAAAGGUGAGCCAAAUGCAUUUUUGUAAAAGUGAUUCAACGAAUCCUUAUUUUCCUAAUAUAGGUAUAUAGUCCCCACCACAGAUAAUUGAAAUUCCUACAAAAAUAUAUUUCUUUGUCAAUCAAUUUUUUGUUUUUGUUUAUAUCGGGCAUCGCCAACAAAGAAAUCUUUUUUUGUAGGAAUCUCGAUUAUCUGUGGCAGAGACUAUACCUAGUUA